GUACUCUUGGAUUUCACCAUAGGAUUUCAUGUAGAGGUAAAAGAAUGGGAUGAAAAUGGAAUGGUACGAUGGAAAACCUUCAGGAGACAAAAACGUGAAUGGAUCAAAUUUGCUGCAGCUUGCAGAGAAGGAGAAGAUAAUUCUAAGAGGAACCCAAUUGCCAGAAUCCGAUCAGAUUGUGAAGAAAACAAUCCAAUCACAUACAGCAUCUCUGGAGUUGGAAUUGAUAGUGCCCCCUUUGGAAUAUUUGUUGUUAACCCAAGAACAGGAGAAAUUAAUAUAACAUCAAUAGUGGAUAGAGAAUUAACCCCAGUAUUUGUUAUACGUUGCUUUGCUAAACACUCACUGACGGGGAUAGAUAUGGAACAACCUCUUGAACUUCGAGUCAGAGUUCUGGAUAUCAAUGAUAACCCUCCUGUAUUUGCACAAACUGUGUUCACAGGAUCUGUUGAAGAAAGCAGCAUGGACAACACGCUCGUGAUGAAAAUAAUUGCAACAGAUGCAGAUGAACCUAAUCACUUGAAUUCUAAAAUUGCCUUCAAGAUAGAGAGUCAGGAACCUUCAGGUGCACCCAUGUUCAUCAUGAAUAAAUAUACUGGAGAACUCCAUCUUGCAAAUUAUCUUGACAGAGAGCAACACAGCAGCUACACUCUGGUUGUGAAGGCGUCAGACCGGGACGGAGCUGCAGAUGGAAUAUCAUCCCUUUGCAGCUGCAACGUGAAAGUGCUUGACGUCAACGACAACUUCCCAACUCUUGCUCAGAGCUCUUUUUCAGCAAGUAUUUCAGAGAAUUCACUCAGUUCAGAACUGCUGCGGAUACAAGCUCUGGAUGCUGACGAAGAGUUUUCAGACAAUUGGUUAGCAGAGUUUUACUUUUUAUCUGGUAAUGAAGAUAACUGUUUUGAAAUUGUUACAGAUCGAGCCACAAAUCAAGGAAUCCUGAGAGUAAUUAAGGAACUGAAUUAUGAACAUCUCCAAACUCGCUCACUGCUAAUUGGUGUCAGGAACGUGGCUGCUUUCCACCACUCUGUUGCACAUGAAUAUCAAAUGUCUGGAACACCCAUCACAAUAGAAGUAAAAAAUGUAAUUGAACCCCCAAGAUUUCAUCCAUCUUCAAUUGUGUUUUCUGUCCCAGCAAACACAAGAGCGAAUUAUAUUGUGGGAACAUACACAGCCACCGAUGAGGACACUGGAACUAUUGCAUCAAAUGUUGU